AUGGAGUGGUUUCCUAUACCUGGGGGGUUCAUUGCAAACUGGAAGAAACCAGUGCCACCUUCGGAGUUGCCAGAUGGUGUUAUUUGGAAUGUCCCUACCACUUCUAGAUGGACCUUGGCAGAGGCCAGAGAGGUGAUGAAAACUAUCGGUACGCGCUACAUCUGGUGGGACUGGAUGUGUGUUCCGCAGGUUCGAAACGAUGACUUGGGUAAAGGACUCCUCGAUGCAAAGGGAGAGGAGAUAGGGAAGCAACUGCAUAUCUACAGGAAUUCGAAGAAAAGCAUCGUCUGGCUACAUUCAACGUCUUGGGCGGAAGAGUCAGCGCUCAAGAAAAUUCUGCUCUUAGGAAUGACACGGCCCGGGGAUGCGGACCCAGAAAUCGUUCGAAAGCAUACAGCUGACGUAGAGCAAUGGAUCCAGACCGCCCAGAAAGAGGAACGCUGGUUAAAGUCCGGGUGGACUUUGCAAGAAGGUGUUCUCCUGGGAGAUACACUUCUCAUUGAUAGUAAUGGAAAGCCAUUCUCGGACGAAAGAUUCUACAACGAAGCCCAGGCAACCGUUAGAGACUUGUCUAUCCCGAUUUCAGUCCUGGCACACAACCUUGCCUCGGCUUAUUUCAUACACGUUGAAGGUCAUGAUCCCGAUCCCGUGAGGCCAGGAGCAGGCCAGUUUGGAAAUCUGUUACCGAAGUCGCCCAACUCAGCACUCUGGCUGCGGCGAUCGAUCAAGUUUCUCGUUGAGACGGGAUUGAGCCGAGAAUACAAGUACGUCGAAGACUCCUGCUGGGCAUUGAUCGGUGCAAUGGAGCUCGAGAACGUCAAGGUUGAAUACGGAAUUCCCAUGGACGAUGUUAAGAGGCAAUUCUUGUCUGCCCUUAUCGCAAAGAACCAAUGGGAAAUGUUUUUCCUUCCCCCCCCGAGUGUCUUCCGGUGGCUUUCGAUCGCGGACGGUGCUUUGUUACCUCUUGGUCUCUUCUUGGUUGAGUCGCAUCCAAGCCCGGGGUUUACCGAGGACAAUCUGCCCCAGAUCAUAUUCUCGGACGAGCACUUCGGUUCCGACGAUCUCCGCCUCAAAGCAAAAGAAGGUCAAGUCAUAGGUCUCUUUCGGGCAGCCAAAGAAACUGUUACCUGGUUCCGUCACUAUCGCCAGGACGAGGAUGGGUUGCGAAUAGUCUCUCCUCGAGUCGUCGCAUUUGCCGAGGAUGCGCUGUUUGAAUCGGCUUGGUUCCUGCCUUUGUGGGAUGUCGAUAUCAAGGGUGAGAUACGAGGCAAACGUUGUGUCUUAUUACUUCGAUUCAACGGCGAAAGCGCUGCUCAACCGGCGCGGGCGGCGUUUGGUGGGAUGAUUGACAUUUGGGGAAUUGGGACUGAGAGAAUCGAAAUCGACGAGAUCAUACUGGACCCUACUCCAUGA